UCGUAAGCCGAUCUGCAACACGUUUUAAUGACCACUUACGUUAAUUUGCUGUCACGAACGCUAACGGACGGUCGUAUCGGUGGGUGCCGAGCGUGGGGUCAAGCGAACCGGGGGACGGUGAAAAGCGCACGCACCCAUAUUCCGCUGGUGGCAACGGACUUGUAACGAGCUCUCGAAUGUACCACAAGGACGGAACCGUAGAUGUGAAGCUAUUAGCCGACCUUGGGUACAUAGCCGACCGUCUUCGGAACCUCGAACAGAAGUGGGAUUUGACAGAGCUGAAGGAUUUACAUCGGCGCAUCGUACUGAAGUUGGACGAUCCGCCCACGAGCGUACUGCGGUUGCGCGAAACGCUCGCAUUCUCUCCGACUGUGCCACCGGGCUCUCCAGAGCAGCAGGAGCAGGAAGGAGCCCCCGAGCGGGAGGUAGCAAAGCCACCAGCGGUGAUCGUUGCAGAUCAGCAAACACCCUGUGUCGUGGUGGAAGAAUGCCCAGAAGCUUCUGAAGCACCGGAGGAAGCGAACUGCGGUGAAGAUGAUAGUGAUAGUAAGCCAAGGAUUGUCUGGGACGACGGAAACGUUGAUGAAAAAGUGCGUAAACUAGACCAGCUAGAGGAUCUGGUGAUUGCGUUCUAUCACAGUUGUGGUCGACGCCAUUCCGGGUGUAAGGUGGAGCUUACGGGCAGUGCAACAGUUCGGGACAGUCCCGAACACAGCCGAGCCCGAACGAAACGAACCAAAAAGAAAUCUUCAAUCGGGAAAGCAUACGAAGGGGUGGAUCCGGGACCAGCAGCACCGAAUCAUCAAGGUCAGCAGGAACAGCCGCAACCCGAUCCUGAUCGUACUAUGAACCAAGGCACCGACCUGGACCAGGAUCGGGACCAUCACGCGCGUGUUGCAACAUCGUCCGCAUCGUCUGACACCGGUGCCGUACCGUGCAUUGACACACGACAACCUUCGCAGCCGUUGCGAUCGAUUCACAGCGACUGCGACAGCUCGACCGGGCCGGGAUCGCUCGAUCGCGAACCAACGCUCGACGACGAGGAAGACACGGUUACGCUGACGGCGGAAACGAGCAGUGAAUGCUGCAGCCAGCAAACGGUGGUAGCGUUGGCGGAGACAGGGCCAUCACCCGUCCCUGACCCGUCCGAAAUCGUCGCCGGCAGCGAUACGACCACCGACGACGACAACGACGACGAAAACGACGAGGACGCCGAUACGACGGGUGGUUCCGGUGCGGAUGCGAACGAUGAGGCCGAUCCGGGUGACACGAGCACUAGACGAUCCACACUAGGGAAGGAUUCGUCACCGUCGUCGUCCCGGCGGUGCUCACUCGGUGGGGAGUUUGAGACGGAACAGAACCGGCGCCUCCGCCGUCGACUGUCCGAGCUGACGAACAACUUCUGUACACCGAAGCAGUUUCAGCAGCUGUGCGACAAUCUGGACAGCAUCACCGACAACGAUCUUAAGCUGCUUAUAAAGGAACUGAAGAGGAAGAUCGAAUUUGCCGAAAGGAUGAACUGGCUGUGUCUGUCAAGUAGACCGCGCGGUCCACCGCAUCGGAAAACUAGCCUACCAAAGCAUACGGACGUGAAGAAGCGCUUUCUGGAAACGUGCGACAAGACGCUAUCGGACGAGGUAAAGGCCGCCCUCCGGCUGCCGGCGUUCGAUUCUUACGAAUGGGAAGACUGGGACGUGAUCCACCUAAUGCAGACGAUGUUUGUGGAGCUGAACUUGCUGGAGAAGUUUAACAUACCGAUCGGAACGUUGCGCGAGUGGCUGUACGAGGUGUACAAGCACUACAACGAUGUGCCGUUCCACAACUAUCGGCACUGCUUCUGCGUCGCCCAGAUGAUGUACGCUAUCGCAUGGCAUACGAAUCUGGUCCAGCGGCUAGGCGAGCUGGAGGUGUUGGUUUUGCUGGUGUCCUGCAUCUGUCACGAUUUGGACCAUCCCGGUUACAACAAUAUCUAUCAGAUUAACGCACGAACCGAGUUGGCGCUAAGGUACAAUGACAUUUCACCGCUAGAAAACCAUCACUGCUCGAUCGCGUUUCGAUUGCUGGAACACCCGGAAUGCAACAUAUUUCGCAACAUGAGCAAGGAGAUGUACAAAGAUGUACGGGAGGGAAUUAUCCGGUGCAUAUUGGCCACCGAUAUGGCCCGACAUAACGAAAUUCUCACCCAGUUUCAAGAGGCUACACCCGAGUUCGACUACAGCAACAAGGUUCACACGAAUUUGCUCUGCAUGGUUCUGAUAAAGGUGGCGGACAUUUCGAACGAAGCGCGACCAAUGGAUGUGGCGGAACCGUGGGUUGAUCGGCUGCUGCAGGAAUUCUUCGCACAAAGUGCAGCGGAAAAGUCCGAAGGUUUGCCAGUGACACCGUUUAUGGAUCCGGACAAGGUGUCCAAACCCGGUAGCCAGGUGCGCUUCAUCGGGCUGGUACUGUUGCCAUUGUUCGAAGCGCUCGGUGAACUGUUGCCGGAACUGACGGAUCUGAUCAUCACUCCUGUUAGGGUGGCUCUCGAUUACUAUCGACGCCUCAACGAUGCUGCAAACAAAACACGCCGAUCGAUUGCGGAAGCAGAAGCAGCGUCGUCCGAGAGCGGUGGCUCCCCGCAGCUACCCCGUUCGCAGUCCGGCAUCAGCGUCAAGUCCCGACGUAGUAUUCCCUCGCAAAAGUCCGCCUCACGCACGUCUGUUGAUGAGCCUAUUUUAAUUGCAGCCGAACUGCACGACCUACCGGAGGGCAGCGAAAGCGGUGACUCGGAGACGGCCACCGAAGUCGACGUGGCAGAGAAAACGUCCAAGUUCAAGGUGGACACGGAAAGCAUCCACCGCAAACAGUCGCACCCGAACUCCCGGAAGGGUAGCCGCGAGAAGCGCCCGUCGAUGAUCGGUGAAUACUACACCACAGGUACGCGCACCCGUGGCUCGCACGGCAACAUACAGCAUACUAAUAAUCGCACGUAUUUUGGUUCGAAUCGCGCCAUUAGCCUAGACCAGUACAGUAACAACCGGCGCAUGUCGGACGGCGUCCCGAUACAGACGGUCCACUCGGACAACAGUGUGCUGUACUACCACCACCAGCGGCAGCACCGUAGCCUCGAUCACGACACAAUGUGCUCGUCUUCGGACAAGAGCACCAGUCUGAAUAGUACGCACGAUACGGCGGCCCCGGCAGGUGAUCCAGCUGCCAGCAGUCAACCACCGCCGACGGGGAAGCAACGAUUGGGCAAGCUGUUUGGGAGUAGCGGAAGUCCGGUGGCCACUGCAUCAGCGGUGGCAAAUUUGAAAAACAACAACAGCAGUGGAAUGGCUGCCGCAUCGAGUAGUAGUGGUAGUGGUGGCGGUGGUGCCGGUAAACACUUUUGCCGAAUGUUAAGCUUUAAUCAGCAGCAAAAGCUGGACAAGUUGCGCAACAACAACAACAGCCAGAACAAGAACAACAACAACAGCAACAACAAUUACAAUAACAGCAGCACGGAAGGCAACAGUAACAAUAAUAAUAACAAUAACAAUAGCAUUAGCAACAAUAAGAAUGCGACAGCGGCCAACAGUCACGCGAAGCAUCUCGAUGGACGGGAGCCAUGUUUUGCGCUGGCGGCAGGAGCAGGGAUGCGCCCACGAGUGGGCCCCGCUGGUGGUGGUGGUGAGGUCGGUAUCGAUGGGACCAUUUCCGGGAGUGUCGGAGGCGACGGUAAUGAUGAGGAUGGUGGAAACGAUGGUGUAAAAGGUGGCAAUGGUAAUGGUAGCAGUAAUGGGAUGGCAGGCCGCACUGGCACAGCGUCAUCCGCUGCGUCUACCGGAUCGAAAUCGUUCCUGUCCCGGUUGCGCCAGUUUACCGGUCGGUUAAGCUUCAACUUUGAUUCGCGAGAAUCGAAAAAGUUGCAACUACUAGCGGCGAAUGCCCCGGAUCGGAUAAAGUCGUCUUCCGCUGUGGCCAAACGGGACCAUCGGUUGGAGAAGUCACGCACGGUAGAUGUGGGCGAUCUUGGACCGGUAGCGAUAUGUGGCGAUAGUACCAUGACGGGUCAGCAACCGGCUAGUGUUAGCAGUUCGUUGAUGGUUCACCAGCAGCAGCAACACGCGGCAGGACUCGUGCCAGGUGAGUCCUUCUACGGUGGAGGACCGCCGGUGGUAAUGAACCAGCCCAAAUCAAUUUCGCCCAUCCUCAUGCAGCACCGUCACAGUGAGGUGCUCGGUCUAGGUGGUCCGGCCGGCGCAGCAGCCCGCAGCCGUGCCUACAGUCUGGACGUACCGAUCGGUGGGCGUCAUUGUUGCCGAAGUCUUAGCGGCAGUACGACUGGAGGUGGUGCCGGUUCCAGCUGCGGCGGUAGCCACAAAAGUCUCACCUUUUCGCUCAACAAUCGCUCGCUGACGGAGGACAAUGAUGGUGGUGGCAGUUUGGCGCUUGUAUCUAGUGAUCGCAAAUCGGCCGGUGGACCUAUUCGUAAUGGGGCGGAUAAUUCGUACGCGGAUGAACCGUCUUCUUCUGCUGCAGCGAUUGCCGGGGUUGAUGGGGGCAGUAUGGCACCACCUGGUGAAACCAUAUGACAUCAGCAGCAACUUC